AAAACCCACCAAGGGGGAGGGGGAAGAGUUAGCAGGGAUGGGAAGUCCUCCCCCCCACCCACCCACCCCCGAUUCCCCAAGGCUCACCUGUCGUUUUUUUUUUCUUCCAGGUAUGUCUCACCUGACCAAGCCAAAAGCCAGGCCGCUCCAAGCGCCCAGGCCUCUCCUGCAGAAGCCAAGAUGGCCGCCAAGACCCCCCAGGUCUUGGAGAAAGGCCCAGUCCCAGCCGCCCAGCCGGCCAAGAAAGCCAGCACCGACCUCCUGGCGGACAUAGGAGGGGACCCCUUUGCGGCCCCACCCCCCAGGCCUGCUUUCUCUGCCUUCGGAGGCCCAGUAGCGGCUCACCCGGCCUUCUCCAGUUUCGAUGCCUUUGGGGCUGGCCCGGCAGCGUCGACGUUCGGGGACCCCUUGGCCACCGGCCCGAGUCCUUUCCAGAGUCCGCCGUUGACUGCAGGUGCUGCCCACGUAGGAGCCUUCCCCGCCUCUCCUGCCAGCCAGCCCGGGGUGGGCAUCGCGGGCUUGAGCGCCGGAGCCUUCCACAUGGGAGGGGUCCCAAGCAGUGUCUUCGGACCCCUCAGCCAGUCCCCCGCCAGCCCCGCGGCGGUUUUCGGAGUCCCCACCUGCACCAACCCCUUUGCCAGCCCGGUGCUCGCCCAGCCGACGCUGCCGUCCACCAACCCCUUCCAGACCAACGGCUUCGCCCAAGGUAAGCCUGCCCCCGGCGUUUCCCCCCACCGCCCC